CUCCGCAGCGGUUACGGUGACUCGGCUGUGGUAGAAGGGAGCUCAACCCCGAGAGCCGUGGCUAUCAAACACGACUUCUGAGCACAUUCUUCAAGAAGAUACGAGGUUGUUUUUUUUCUUCUUUACAGCAGCGGCUCGGAUCCAAUGUGGAUUUUUUUCUUUUUCUUUUACAGCUAGCUGAGGACGCGGUGGAGACCUGUUGCUCGCCCGCCUCGCCGCUUUGUCAAACUAACCUCUCCGAAAUGUUGCUUUAUGGACGGGAUGGCCUCUGGUAGCCUCGAACCCUUUCAUUCUCUUUUUAUUCUUUGAAGUGGUUUUUCUUUUUUUUUCUUUAAAAAAAAAAAUUCAACAGCUCUUCUCUUCGAACCGGGAAGAUGCACGUGUCUUUGGCAGAGGCCCUGGAGGUCCGAGGAGGUCCGCUGCAGGAGGAGGAGGUCUGGGCUGUGCUCAGCCAGAGUGCAGAGAGCCUCCAAGAGCUCUUUCACAAAGACCCUGCGGCCAUGGGCUUCAUCAUCUCUCCCUGGUCCCUCCUGCUCAUGCCCUCUGGCAACAUCUCAUUCACGGAGGAGUAUGUCACCCAGCAAGAUUUAAGAGCCUUCACGGCCCCAGAGGUCCUGGGUGGGGCCUCCAUAACUUCCGUCUCUGACAUAGAGAAGACGCACAUGUACUCUCUGGGGAUGACACUAUUCUGGGGGGCAGACUAUGAGAUCCCCCAAAGUCAGCCUAUGAAGUUGGGGGAGCACCUGAACAGCCUGCUCCUCAACAUGUGUGAUGAUGUUACGUUGAGUCGAAUGUCGCUGCGCACGGUGCUGGACAUCUGCAGCAAGCACAUACGAAACUCCAGCGGUGACCCUCCCUUCUCCUAUAUCCGAAAACUGGUCCGGUUGGUGCUGGGCAGCCUUUCCCAGCUGGACGGUCUGCUGACUGACAGAGAGUCUCUUCCGGAGCGAAGUAAGGAGAUUCGGGAGAGGCUGAGGGGCAAGGGCCUGCCUUCAGGGAGGAGCGCCGCCCCCAGGGUUCUGGAGCGCUACAAAGCGAGGAGUCAGGAGCCCACGGCGCUCAAUCGAGGCCUCAGUCGCUCCAUGGGCUCCCUUCCGAUCCAAGACCUGUUGAAGGGGGACGAGGGGCCGGCCCUGCAGUACUCCCAGUCCGAACAUCAAUCCCAGUCUGAAUCCCCCACAGAAUUCUACCCCAAGCCCCCCUCACUCCAACACCAACACUCCUAUCCCUACCUGCACCCCCUUCACCCCCAGCAAAAGGGCCGACCUGUGGAACUGGACCGCAGAUCUUUACCCUUCCACAGUGUGGACUUGAGCCGCAGUCAGGCCAGGAAGAACUGGGCGUCCUCGGUGGACUUGGCUUGCAUUGACCCAGACGCCCUUCGCUUUGGGGCCUUGGAGGAUGCGCGCAGGGGCAACAGUGCCAUAAGUACCACCUCCAUAGGCAGGCGCAAGUCGCCCCUGUGGGCGUCCAGGGAGAGGGAUUCUCACUUCUCAGAGUUCGGUGGGCUGACGAGUCGGAAGCCCCACCACCACUCGGCCCUGUCGGUGGGCUCGGGCCUCACCGGCGCCUACGACCGGAUAAAGGAGAGACAGAGGAAGCUUCAGGCGCUGAGGCAAGCAGUGGAUGACCCAGUUCACAUCCAGCAGAGGUACCACAGUGAUUACAGUUCAUCCAGUGAAAGCCCCUCAGUGACCUCCUCAGAUCUAGACUACAGACAAGCCAAGAAACCCGGCGAGGUGAGGAGGUUUAGCUCCCAGCUGGCACUUUCCUCCGAACACGAUGCCCUAUCCUUGACAAGUCACAUCACAAACAGGCACAGGCUGUACGAGGGGGCGGCCGACGAAGGCCUGAUUGGAGCAGAGCUGCUUCUCCAGAGGCAGGAGGAGGAGGUGCAGCGGCUCCAGGCCCACCUGGCCAACAGGCUGUCCCGGGCCAACCUCUACCCCACAGACGACCCCCUGGCCCCGACUCGCAGCUCCAUGCUCGACCUCCGGGACCCCCUCUUCACCUCUUCUAUACCACUUCGCAAACCCAAGAGCUUCCACGGGCCUGAGUUUGUGAAGAUGGCCGGUGAGCCCUGCGUGGCCUUAUCCGUUCCCUCUUCCAUAAUGAAGCGUGGCAAAGUGGAGGAAGUGCAGCGGAAGGUGGGUGUGGUGCUGCUGAAUGGCCAAAAGCUGGAGCUGAGCUGUGAUAUCAAGGCAGUUUGUAAGGACGUUCUGGACAUGGCGGUCGCCCACAUCGGACUGGUGGAACAUCAUCUCUUUGGCUUAGCAUACCUCAGAGAUGAGGAGUUCUUCUUUGUUGAUCCUGAAGCCAAACUGUCCAAAGUGGCCCCGGAGGGAUGGAAGGAGGAUCCCAAGAAGAAGAAAUCUGAUGUGCCUUUUAAUCUUUUCCUCCGCAUUAAGUUCUUCAUUGAUGACGUCAACCUCAUUCAGCACGCUAUGACCAAACAUCAAUACUACUUACAGCUGAGGAAGGAUAUCCUGGAGGAAAGAAUGCGCUGUGACACCGAAACUGCCAUGCUGUUAGCUUCACUGGCACUGCAGGCGGAAUUUAGUGACUACCAACCCGAGCUCCAUGGGAAGACCUACUUCAGGGUGGAGCACUACGUGCCGGUGUCCGUCCAGGACAAAGUGGAACAGACGACAAUCAAGGAGGAACUGACAAAACUUCACAGCAACUACUAUGGAGCAUCUGACACUGAGGCAGAGUUUGAGUUUCUCAAGGUGAGCCAGAGGCUGACAGAGUAUGGCGUCCAUUUCCACCGGGUGCUUCCUGAGAAGCGGUCCCAGACAGGCAUCAUGCUGGGUGUCUAUUCCAAGGGGGUGCACAUCUUUGAGGUUCUUAACGGAAAUCGUACCCCGGUGCUAAGAUUUCCCUGGAGGGAGACUAAAAAGAUUUCCUUCAUUAAAAAGAAGAUUUGCCUCCAGAACACCUCGGAUGGGAUUAAGCACCUGUUUCAGACGGACAGCAAUAAGACCUGUCAGUAUCUGCUCCAGCUCUGCUCCGAUCAGCACAAGUUCCACCUCCAGAUGAAGGCCCGCCAGAGCAACCAGGAGCUCCAAGACCUAGAGAACAGCCCCUUGAGCAGUUUGCAGUAUUCCCUUGAUCCUCGCGGUGGCGACACAGUGGGGAGGAUGGUGAGCUCGGGCAGCCUGGCCCCCAGCUUAUCAACACGCUCCAACCCGGACCACCUCAAGAGGAUCUCCUACUCGGAGAUGGCCCUGCACAAAGCACCGUCCGGCCCGAUAUUGGUGCAAGAUGAGGUCCACUUUCCGGGUUUCAAUCCGGUUGCCUCGACGGCCCUUUCCAACCCGCGGAUGAUGAGCCGCUCCCACCACAACCUCGGUCAGAUGCCCGAGUCUCCGGAGCAGCGACCGGCGGAGUCUCACCGGGGGACGUCGCACGGCCGACUGAGUCAGGCGCCACCCGGCCAAGUGGUCCCUCACUUCCAGCAACACCAGCGAGCCAGCUCAGACACAGACUCCAUCUUGACCCAACAGGACAAAUCUUUUGGCACAGUGUCGCACAGCAGCCCAACCUGGAGUCUCAGCAAAUCCAAAAAAGAGUCCGACUCUUCUUCCACAGAGGAGACUGGCCAAGCAUAUGUAGUCGGUGUCAGUAUGCACAGUUCCUCCGGCCCUUCAACCCCAGCCUCUGUUAAUGAUUCACUCAAGAAAAAGCUAAUUGCCUUACCAUCUCCAGAGAGAGAGAUCACAACUGUAAACCUGAAGAAAGAUGUGAAAUAUGGCCUCGGAUUCCAGGUUGUUGGAGGGGAGAUGUCCGGUCGGGCGGACCUUGGCACCAUCAUUAGCUCCAUCACUCCUCGGGGUCCUGCUGACGUCAACGGCUGCCUCAGACCUGGUGACCGGCUGAUCUCGGUGAACGAUGUGAACCUAGAGGGGCUCUCUCAUGCCACCGCGAUUGACGUCCUCCAAAAUGCUCCCGAUGAUGUUACUCUGGUGGUGUUGCAGCCCAAGGAAAGCCUUUACAAAAACUCUUCUCCAAGCCUCGUUCAAGCCAAGUCUGCAGUAAAGGCACCGAACUCUAGCCAGGGGCGAGAUCUAGACUUUGAUACCUCGCCAGAGGAGCGAGUGGGAACAGGAAGCGCUGGCACACCCUUAUCCACCUCCUCCCUGAGCCACCAGCCCCCCAGCCUCAGCUCUCAGGACUCCAGAACCAGCAGCGGCGCUAAAAUAAGCCCGCCCCCUGCUAAUGUUCAGCAGUGCCUAGAAAGGCUUACGGGCACUGCAACCAUUACCGAACGUCGUAGACCAGAACCCAACACGGGUUUGCAUCCUGCGCCGCCGGCUCUGGAUCCUGCGCCGCCGGCUCUGCCCCCCAAAACUAGAAAAGCUAAAGUGUCAGAAGCCCCGAAGGUCCCCGAGCACUCCGACUGGGGGGAUUCAGACAUGGAUGAGGAGACGUAUUCCAGUAGUCAAGAGAAAGUCAAAGUCAAAAAGGAAUACAACAUGGAAAAUGUAAAUGGUAAUGUGCCAGGGGUCAGUAGUCUCUGUCCAGGAGAACUAUUUGACGUUGAGCUGUCUAAAAAAGACAGCAGCCUGGGCAUAAGUGUCACGGUACUGUUCGGCAAGGGAGGAGUCAAUACGACGGUCCGACACGGAGGCAUCUACGUCAAAGCCAUCAUGCCGAAAGGAGCCGCUGAGCUCGACGGGAGGAUACAGAAAGGUGAUCGCGUGGUCGCCGUCAACGGAAAUAGUCUGGAGGGCGCCACUCACGAGCAAGCGGUAGAAGCUCUCCGAGAAACGGGGCAGUUGGUGCACCUGUUGCUGGAGAAGGGCCACUUGUCCGCAGACAGCGUCCAUGCUCCCGUCACCCCUCAGUGCACGGCAGCCAGCCAGCAAGACGAGACCAAGAGCAGAGAGCGGCCGCUUCCGGUCAAGGAUAAACCGGAGUACAGCUUUGUUACGCGAGAUAAUGUGUUCGACGUGUGCCUGCUGAAGAACACGUCUGGUCUGGGCUUCAGCUUCAGUCGGGAGGAACACAUCCCCGACGAACCCCCCGGCUCCAGUAUGGUGCGGGUUAAAAAGCUGUUUCCAGGGCAACCGGCCGCAGAGAGCGGUCGCAUCAAGGUGGGCGACGUCAUCAUGCGGGUCAAUCAGACCUCCCUCAAAGGACUCUCGCAACAUGAGGUCAUAUCAGCUUUGCGAGGAACAGGACAGGAAGUGAAUCUGCUUCUCUGUAGACCUGAAUAUCAAGUCCUACCUGAAAUGGACACUUCAGCUGUGACGCCCAAGCCAUCCCCUCGAAAGGCCCUAGUGACCCCUGCACAGUCCAGCUUGACUGUGGUCAGGGACAAAUCUCCUCCUGGCACACAAGGCAAGAGCCUGGUGGAGGACGUCCUGGAGCGGCUGCUGCACAAAAGCCCCGGGCGACACAACAGCUACAGUGACAGCACUGACGGGGACGAGGAGGUGGAGGAGGCCUUCAGCACCAGCCCGGUGGAGCACAGGAGGCAAACCUGGGAGCAGAGUGUCUACCACACCCCGAGCAGCCACCUGGGCCGCUACGACAGCACAGGUCAACUGGACGACACAGUCACCACAGCCUUCUACUCCCCGAACUUGUCGUUGACGAGAUCGGACCUCAGCAAGAGGUGUCCUUCAUCCCCCAUUACGGCAGAUGUGGAGUCGUCCGCCCUGCAUAGGGCGUCGUCCCCCACUGCCCCGAGCCCAGAUCCCCUGCCUCCUCCACUGCCUGUGCCAUUAAACCUCACCGUGUCUGGCAAUGGACUGGACAUGGAGGACUUUGUCCCGGAGGUGGAGCUCAAGGUCUCCCUGGUGAAGUCAGAAAUGGGCAGUCUGGGCUUCACCCUCACAAAAGGUAACGAUCAUGGCUGCUACAUCCAUGACAUCAUCCAGGAUCCAGCCAAAGGAAAUGGAACCCUGAGGCCCGGGGACCGGAUGAUUAUGGUAAACAACACAGAUGUGAGCAACAUGGGCCACACCGAGGUGGUCAACCUUGUGCGCGCGGCUCCUCGUGUGGUGGACUUGGUGGUCGGGAGGGUUCUGGAGGCUCCCAAGCCCUCCCUAGAAGCCCACCUGCUGCCUGACAUCAGCUUCAAGGGCAGUCAAGACCCUCUGGGUUUGGAGCUGGAUGGUGGCUGUGACAGUGUGUACGAUGUCUUGUUUGUCAAAGACAUUGUUCCCGGCUCAGUGGCCUUUGAGGAGGGCAGCCUGAGACCACUCGAUCUCAUCCACUACAUCAACGGUGCUCCCACGCAGGACCUGACUCUUGGUGAGAGCACCCGGCUGAUGCACCUGUCCCUCGACGACCUCAUACUCAAAGCCACCAGGGAUGGAAAGCCUGUUUCUGCCGGGCAGAAAAGUGUCUCUUUUCUCAACAACAAUGUCUCAUCCAGCAUGAACGGGUUUGUUAAAGGUGAAGAUCUAAGAGAUAAAGAGAAUCUAGCAGCACUUUGUCCUUUAGAGGAGGAGAUCAUGAAUCUGGAUCUGGAGAAGAUGCCGUCCGGAGGUCUGGGUUUCUCUGUCAUUGGAGGAGAAAGGGGGAUCUUUGUCAAGUCCAUCACUCCGGGAGGAAUAGCAGAGUCCUCGGGCAAACUGCAAGUCGGGGACAGGCUGCUUAAAGUAAAUGAGGAGCUAAUGACGGGCGUGUCCCACACCAAAGCUGUCACCACCAUCCGUAAAGCUCAAGGCCUGGUGCAUCUCAUAGUGUCCAGACCUCCAGACCAGAACCCAAGUACAUACCUGGCCUAUCUGCCCAUCAACUCCGACCGGUGCAAUGGAAACGCAGAUCUGAGUGAGCACAGCGGAGCGAAGACUAAGCCGUUUACUCUCCACGACGAGCUGAAGGCUGGCGGAUGCCCUCCCAUACCGCCGAUAGACUACGAGGACAAUCCGCUCGGACACAAGAGAGAGGCGGAGCUCAGCGCAGAGCUUUCAGAGGACACCGACUGUGAUGGUUCUUCAUUACCUGAAGAUUCCCCUGAGAGUUCCCGAAAAGGGGAGUGGCAAGAGGACAACGUUGACGAUCCGAGGAAUGAAAACUAUCUGCAAAUGAGUGCUGGACAGCCAGAGGAAGAUGAAAUCACAUGGGGAAGUGAUGAAUUGCCGAUUGAAAACAUAAACUCCAAAUCAAGAGAUGACGGACCAAUCAUCACAGAGGACGAGCUGACCUCUUUGCCCCUCGUCAAAGUGGUCCCCGAUGGCCAGUACACGGGACCCAAGCUCAACAUGGUGGUUCGCAUGAUGAGGGGGCUUCUGGAGCAGAAGGUCCCUCUGCAGGAGUUCGAUAACCUUCAGAAUCUCCAGCCGCUGGACGACUGUUUGAUUGGUCAGACGAGGGAGAACAAGAAGAAGAACCGCUACAAGAAUAUUGUUCCAUUUGACACAACUCGAGUUGUUCUUGGAAAAGACGGGGGCUACAUCAACGCCAACUUCAUCAACAUGUCAGUGAAGGACGAGAACUACAUGUACAUUGCCUGUCAGGGGCCCUUGCCCACAACCCUGGGGGACUUUUGGCAAAUGGUCUGGGAGCAGAAGUCCAACGUGAUCGCCAUGAUGACCCAGGAAGUAGAGGGAGGGAAAGUGAAAUGCCAGCGGUACUGGCCGGACACACCAAGGACGGCAGAGAUGGUGGACGACAGGUUACAGAUCACGCUGAUCAAAGACCAAUAUCUCGACAACUUUGUCAUCCGACUCAUCGAGGUCAAAGACGUCCAGACCGCUGAAAUCCAGCGAGUAACUCACCUCAACUACACGGGAUGGCCGGACCACGGGACGCCCUCGCAGCCAGAGCAGCUGCUCACGUUCAUUUCCUACAUGAGGCACGUGCACCGCUCCGGUCCAAUAGUCUCGCACUGCAGCGCGGGCAUCGGUCGAUCGGGAACCCUCAUCUGCAUAGACGUGGUACUGGGGCUCAUCAGUAAAGACGCUGAUUUUGAUCUUUCAGAUGUGGUCAGGAACAUGAGACUUCAGAGACAGGGAAUGAUCCAGACGGAGGAGCAAUAUGUCUUCUGCUAUCAAGUGAUCCUCUAUGUGCUCCGAUGCCUUCAAGCAGAGGAAAACAUCUCUGGAUAAUAGCCCUCCUGUAGAGGCUGAGGGGCCGUUUCACCGAGCAAAACAAAAAUGGAGAAGAGUUGACACAGGCACAAAUUGCCAAAUUUACACUACAUGUUUUUUAAAAUGCCCUAAAAUAUCCAGUUCCUUGAGAGCACAUCCUUUUAAAGACGUCUAUAUUUUUAUGUUUGCUUUCCAACUUCUCUCUCUCCUUCUGUGUCUGGAUGCUAAUCACUUUCAAUGCACUUCUGAGAACUGCUGAUUGUGUUUGUUAUUGUCAACAAGAGAACCUACUUUUUUUUCCAGAUCUUUGGAUUAUUUUUAAAUAAUGAAACUGAACAAUGAUUUCAUAUUUUAUGUGGAACAAAAUUGUACUUGUGUAUUUUGACUCCUAUUUUGAUGCUGGAACAUGCCUUGACAGAAUACUAUGUCAGUAUUUGCUUUGUAAAUCUAUUAUACAGUACCUGCCUGAGGUAAAUGAUGGAAUUAAAAGUGUACAUAUUCAUCUCCUGAAAAAUAAACUGCCUACAUUUUAAAUGUAAUGUGACAAGAUAUUUUAUUCAACGAGGAAAAUGCGAUUCAAGUGUUUUGCAUUUUGAAGAGAGGGCCUAUUAUGGCUUGCAUCAUUUUUCAACGCCAUCUAUCCCCCUUUUCAAGCUUGCUGACCAGACAAAAAGAUUAAGGUGAGGCAUGAAAGCUACAACUUGUAAACAUGAGUAAGGGUUGAUGAAGAACAAAUGCACGCAUAUAUAAAUAUACAUUGCAUUUGUAUAUGCAGGGCUGUUGACACCAAUCCAUGUUG